AUGGAGCUCCCUGACGAUUCCUUCACCAUCUCCGGCAUAUUUCUUUUCUUCCUCCUCCUCCUACCACCUCCGGCAGCAAGCUCCUGCAGUCCGUCUGACCUCGCGCGCAUCUCUCUUGCCUUCCGUUUCGUCACCGGAUUCCAACUCCCGUCUCCUACCGCCGACUGCACCGCCAUCACUCUCCCGUCGUGCAACCUCACCGGCGCCAUCUCUUGGACGCACCUCCGCCGCGUGUCCGCACUCCGCACCAUCGACCUCUCCGGCAACAACCUGCUCGGAUCCAUCCCCGCCCUCUUCUGGUCCGCGCCUAGGCUCCACCACGUCAACCUCGCCGACAACCGGCUCGGGGGCUCUCUCCGGUUCGACCUCUCGCUCCCAGCAUCGCCCCUCAAGUCGCUUAACCUUAGCGGCAACCGGUUCACCAGCGCCGGCACCGGCCUGGAAGCAGCGCUGCCGCACCUGGAGGUGCUCGAUCUGUCCCGGAACCACCUCGGCGUUGCGCCGCCGGGGAUGGGGAAGUUGCGGCGGUUGCGGCAUUUGGACAUGUCUCACAACGACCCCGACGGCGGUGAAUCUGCUGCUACGAAAGCGAGAUUGCUGCGAAGUGCUUCCCAUCGUUCCCACGCUGCUUCGCGUAGGAGACACAGGAUAAGUACUAGAUACAGAACGGUAAUUGCAGUAGUUAUCCCGGUGUCUGUGGUGAUCGGUUUAUGCUCCGUAGUGUUGAUUUUGCACUUGAUAUACUUGUGCCAUAGACUCACGGAGAAGGACGGCAAAGUGGAGGAGAGAGGAGAGGGUGCCACCGCUGCAGGAAAUGGUAAGGAGGGCGGCGAUGCUGACGAUGGUGUGGGGAAGGACGUACGCCGGCGAGGAGGGUGGAUUUUCGGAUGGAAAAUUAACCCUUAA